CGCCAACCCUCCAACCCUCCCCGGAGUGCGUUGCUUCACCGCGCAGUUAUUUACCGCGUGUCGGGAGAGCUGGGCGUUCCCGCUCCGUGCCACUUGUAAAUAAAAUCAAAGCUGCUUCCCGACUCCGCUUUUCCUCGCUCUUUUCCGAAACCAUGUCAAUUCUUCCCUAUUUCUACGGCUUUUCCCCUCAGUCUUUCGUGAUUCUAGUUCUUCGUUGUGCUCGGUAGCUCUUCCUCCCUCGCCGAUUUUCCCUCACCGCUGCUCAAGCCCCCGCGUGCACACCCUUUAGCCCUUAUCAUGCUUUCAGUCUAGCGACCUUUUCAAUUCAAAGCAAUUUUCACCGUGCUCAACCCCUCCGCAGUGAAAGCCUUUCCACCCCGUAAUAAAAAAUCCACUCGGGAGCGAACUUUCUCCUCAUCGACGGUAAUUUAUAUCCGAAGCAGGAAUGAACAGACGGGCAAAAAGUUAGUUUUGUGAGUGAUACGUUUCGACUUAACGCUAGUGCACACACCAAAACAACCAGUCUCAGAUCGCUGAUUUUUUUGAGUUUAGCAGAUUCACAUACCUACUUAAUUCAAAAGUGCAGCGGUGCUACACGAAUUAAGUCGCGAAAGUUCGCAAGUUCGUUCCCUCGUGUAUUGCUUGGCCUGGUUCCGAGGAAUUGUCUAAAAAACUCCCGAUUAAUCGACAUAUUUUUUAGUUUCCCCUCCUCUCCUCGUCGUCCACAGAUUUAAACAAAACGACUUUAAUUGUGAUAUGUUGACUGUAAUGUAUGUCCGUCUUCGUUUUCUGUUCCGUUGAUCUUUCAAUUUGUCCGUAAAUUUUUUCUUGGAGGUUAAUUUAAAAGUGUCUAAUUUAACGUAUUCCCUAUCUUGAUGGUUGUGUCUCAUCAAAUUUGCCAAUAAUCACCCACCAGUCACUGCCGUCGUUGGUUUUCAAGUUAGACUUAACUUCAAACAAAGAAAAUGGUGCCACGUUUUAUGAGUGAUGUCCGUGCAGAAACCGUCAGCGCAAUGUGAAAUCGGUUGAAUACGGGAUAAAAUGGCGACCCCUCCUGACAGCCCGGGCAUCGAGGAAGUAGUUUUCGAAGUCGAGCAGUUUCGACCUCCGAAGCAUAUUCCUGUUCCUCUCGAGGAUUUGUGUAGACAAACCAAGUUCACCCGGCAAGAGAUUAGAGUCAUGUACCGAGGAUUCAAACAGGAAUGCCCUGGAGGGCUCGUCCACGAAGAUGCUUUCAAAGACAUCUACGCUAAAUUUUUUCCACACGGAAAUUCGAAUAUGUAUGCCCACUAUGUGUUCAAGGCGUUUGACGUCAACUGUAGCGGGGCAAUUAGCUUCAAAGACUUGUUAUUAACCUUAUCAACUUUGCUCAGAGGAUCGACCUACGAGAAGCUGCGAUGGGCGUUCAAGUUGUACGACAUCAACGGCGAUGGCUGUAUAACCCGCUCGGAGCUCGGCGAGAUCGUGGUCGCCAUCCACGAGCUUAUGGGUAAAAAACACCAACAUGAUGUGGAUAGGAAGGCAAGGACGCAUGUCGAUACUGUAUUUAGAAAAUUGGAUAUCAAUCAAGAUGGUGUGAUUACUUUAGAAGAAUUUAUUGAAUCCUGUUUAAAGGACGAUGUGAUAGUACGAUCUCUUCAAAUGUUCGAUUCAAGAGUCUGAUACGACGUGAUUCUCCGUGCGUUUUGCUAAUUCGUUCGAUCCCCCGAUGUUUCAAUCGCUCGAUCGAUCUCCGGAUCAUGAUAUCGUUGACCGUCCACGUUUUAGUAUAUAGCUGCAAGACAUUACAAGCAACAACUUCCCUGCAUGAAAUUGCAACUGGAGAUGAAGUUCGCGACACGGAGAAUCUUUGGGAGAAGAAUAUUCAUACGUCCAGUGUAACAUAAAAGUGUACCGACGGCAGUCACAUAGCAAUCUUAUUUAGUGAUAUCAACAAAGGCUUUUAUUUGGAGAGUGGUCGAUUGAAAGGUGCGAAAUAAAAUCUGAAGAAGAAACGUUCAUGCGUGUAGAGUUUACUUAAUGCACCGAGAUGUCGAGGCCUUAGUUAUGUAAAUUCAAAAAUGAAUUGACGAACUCGCAUGUAAUUGAUUGGUAUGAACUAACUUUAGAGACUUAUGUUUAUGGUUUUAGGAUGUUCCUUGAAUAUUUUUAUGAAAAUUCAUAUCAUCUAAAACUGAGCCAGCAGGAUCUGUACAGUAUGAUUCAGAAAGCGUUCAAAAUGCAUUUCUAAUCAAAUUAAUAUAGCAAUCGAUACAAGAAGUUUCAAAUGACAUGAAAUUCUGGUGUCAUUUCCAUUAAUAUGUAAGAUUGAUGUGCAUCUUUUCUACUUGUUGAGCUCAAAAUGGGGUUUCGUCUUAUAUCCUCCUACCUUCGGUCGGGAAAGAAUAAUUUUUUUACGUUAAUUUUAUAAAUAUAAGCUAGACUUUUCAAUCAGAAAAGUCUGGACAGUUUACGUUUUUACUUAUCAGCAGGUAUUUUGGUAUCGCAAGGUAUUUGGAUAAAGCACAAAGAAGAACACAAGAGUGAAAAGGGUCAACUGCACUUGCAAUGGCCAGUUGUCGGGGUCAUUAGCUGUGAGGUCAAACAUUUUGUAUCAUAUAAAAUUGAAUUAUGUUCAAAUGCAUACCUUGCAUUUUCCUGAUAGUUUCAUUCGUUGUACCUAGUAAAUUAAAACAGUAUUUUCAAAUGUUGUAAGCCUUAAACAAGCAUCUCUCACAAGAAUCCGAUAUAUCGAUCGAGAUUCCUCUCAUACGCAUAUUUAGGCACGCCGCACGGUGGAUCAGGUCAAUCAGAGAAGUCCAACAUGAUUUAAAAACCUUUAAAGCCAAUAUCUUCAUUAAUAUUAAAUGUUGAUGUUUUAAAAGUAGUUUCAUUGGUUUUGUCGUAGAAUUUUCCGUAAGAAACACCUCUUAAAGUUAAAAUAGUGACGCGAUAAAAGUAAAAUGUUUCAAUUUUUGUCAAAAAUUUCAUGUCCUCCAAGGGCUGGCUCCACUGUGCGCCGCUAAGACACGCUAUAAUUCAGUUCCCAUGCAUAAAGGAGAUUUUAAUCCUGUAAAAAAUAUCACCGUUACAUGACGCCUUGGAAUAGUAUUCCUAUAGUUGGAAUUUUUACUUCAUUUUUUGUGAAAAUUUAUUGUGCCAACUCUUUGGACAUUUGAUAUCUAAGGAAGGAGUCACUAUAUUCUAGUGCAGAGUAGCGUCAAAUCGGCUAGUUGCGGGCAUAUAAGUUUUCCGUUUAGGUUUCUCCCCCUAUUUUUCCUCAAACCGAUUUUGCUUAUACCUGGCGUGAGGAUACAGAUGAAUGGAGAUGAGGGGGAGGGGGGUGCAGGAAAUUUCAUCAAGUUUCAGGGUCUUAUGGCCCCUUUUCAAUCUUACAUCACGCCCCUGCUUUUUUCAUUGAAAAUGCAAGCUCUUUAAAAUAGUAGAUGAAAUAUGUAAAAUGAAAGAGAUUUCACUUAAAACUGCGAUAGAACUUAGGACUAGGCUGAAUAAAUAAGAACAGUAAAAGCAGUGGCGAGGCAUGAACGAUCGAUUAUUGAUAUUUCCCCAUUUGAAGGUAUGGUAAAGAAUCGAUUAUUAAGGCGUUCGUUGCGAACACCGUUUCUAUCGAUCUUUUUCCACAGAUUUAAAUGGUAUAACAAUCGAUGAAUCGCAAAGCGCGCCACGCCACUGAAUGAAAGGUGUUGGAAAGUGGUUUAGACCAGUCUUCCUCAAGUAAAUAUUCAUUAAAAUACGGAUCCAUUUCUGUUUUGCAGAAAGGUCCACGUUUAAAAACUGGAGAUCCUAUCCUAGGACAUCUCUAUUGAUCGUGCCAAAGAUUCAAAUUUUCUGGACGUCAUUAUUUCAUUUUUCCUUUUCUCGAGCUAUUUUGUGCGUUAUUGAAAAUUGAAAGGCAUUGAACUUUUUUUAUGCACACUAGUUACCUAUCCUCUAAUAUACGAUGUUCCCUUUCAGCUAUCAUGGUGUUGAAGUUGAUCUUCCUCAUUACUUUGAAAUUGCCACUUGCAUGAUAUGACAAACUAAAUAAGAUCCCUUUCACUGAAUUUUUAAGAUCUCAUAUUCUAAGAGCAUUUAAACUUCCUAUCACUGAAAUUCAGAGAGCAAAAUCAUGAAUCUACUUCUUGAAGAGCAGACUCUUUAUGCUGUUAGCUCUUUAAUUACAUUUUUGAUACUUAACCGAUGUAUGAGAACCAUAAUGGUUUAAAGUCACAAAAAUAAUGGUGCUUAAUUGAGAGGGUAAUUUUGUGAGCCAUGCAGAAAGAGUACGUGCCUCAGAACCCUGGGAAAACAAUCAAUUUUGGAACCGUAAACGUUAGAUCUUUUUUCUACAAAAUAUCAUUGAUACGUUUGUGAUCAGAAACGUAGGUUUUUUUUAUACAUGUAGAUAAUAACGGGACAAAUAUUGUCAAAGAUACGGUUUACUAUUUUUGUAAACUAUCAUUGAAUCCAGCGCAAUAAAAAUCAAUAUGUCUAGAUUUAAUUACUUGUAGAAGGGCAAAUCUAAGUGUUGAAUCAGAGAAAAGUUAGCACCGUAAGCAUGUUAAAAUUUGGAUCGACAGUUAAAAAAAUAAAACGCUCGAUUAGUGACGAUUCUUAAAAGUUGGCAAAAGAGGGCUUCGCUCAUUCAAAUAAAAAUUAAACACUCCAUAUCUAUUAUUUUGCCUAAUUCCUUAUCAAAAAUUGAUUAAUUAUAAUGGAAUUGAACAGAGGAAAAUUAGCGCUGCCAACUUGCAGAAAUCAUCACUUAUGCGCUCGAUUGACUUGCAUGAUGCAUAUUUGUAAUUAAUUCCUAGAGAGUACCUUAUAAAUGUAAUAUUUUUUGUCAUCCCCGAUUUUUAUGUGCCAUUCUAUGAACAUCCAGUUUCCUUAGGAUGUUGUGUUCACCUUUGGCUCUUUCUAUCCAGCACUUUUGGCCGUAGCACUGUGACGAGGAGUGAAUGAUCGAUUAUCGAUAUUUCACCAUUUGAAGCUAUGAUAAAGAAUCGAUUAUUGAAGUGUUCGUUGCAUACACCCGGUUUAUCGAUCCUUUUUCAUUGAUUUAAAUGGUAGAUCGAUCGAUAUAUAGCAAAGCAAGCUACGUCACCGAGAACUUGAGGGAGUUGUUUACAAUAAGUAACUGUCAAAGUGGUCCAUAGGAACGAUGAGCUUUUCCGAAAACAGUUUGGACUCAAGUAAGUCACAGGUGCGAUUAAAUUUUUACGUCCUUUUUUUUUAAAUUUAAGGAGUUACAUUUCUGUGGUUGAUCAAACCAAAUGAAAAAUUCUACACUGUCGACGGUGAAAUUACUGGAGCCCGUAUCUCGUUUGCGGUUUAUUAAAAUCUCUGCUCCCAUUUCAAUUUAUCAAACGAGAAGAAGCCAGUUCUAUUCUUUGAAAUUUCCACCAAAUAUUUUUCACGCAGAGUAUUAAAAGAAAUGACGUUAAACCGAAAGUUUGCAACGUCGCAACCCGAAAUACACGUUCCUGCAGUUUCACCAUCGAUAUGCUGGAAGCCAUUUCAUUAAACGUAUUUUUCUUAAUCACGUAUUUAACAGAACGAUUAAGUUAAGUGAACCACAAGACAAGAAGCGAGUUUAAGCAUUUAAUGUAUUUUCCCCCUCAAAUUUUACGUAGAACACGAUUUUCACAACGCAAGUUACAGAAAGUGACUCCCAACUAAGAUUUCAAAGUUUUUCGAUACAGAAAUCCCGCUCAUUAAAAAAACAUGAUCUACUUGAGUCAAAUCGCACACUAGACGUUACCGGGGCUGGCUCUAAAGUAUGAAAUUGCGGCAACCUCGAUCUCAGCGCCUCGGCUCAGCUUUUGCAUGUUGUUUGCAAUUUUAACAACAAAGGCUGGGGCAGGAGCAAACCUCAUUAGCAACCUACCAAAACUGCUGUACUGCGCAAUUUGAUUCAUGCAGACACUGGUUUUUAAUUAGAGCGGAAGAUUCAAAUUUUUCGUAACCAAUGCUAUGCAAAACCUUUCUAAUUUUGUUUUGGAGAUAGUAAACAGUUUUUGUUGCGCGAACCGUGUUCUAUGUGAAAUUUUGAGGGAGAAACUUGCAUCCGAAUGAUUCGGACCUUGUCUGGUGGUACAUUCUUGUCUGAUAUGUAACCCAAGGAUGAUUUAAAAAAUUGCGGCAUAGCCAAGGGGUAAUUUUCCUCGUUCAUCGGUUUAUCUUCUCCUUUUUCCCAAUUAAUCAUCCUAAAAUAUUUCCGUCCUCAAUAAGAUAUACAUAGCUGCGCUUUAGUUUGCAGUUACAAUCACAGUGGCGUGGCGUGAAUUGCGAUGUAUCGAUUGUUAUGACAUUUAAACCUAUGGUAAAGAAUCGAUUAUUAAGGUGUUCGCUGCGAACACCGAACACCCUGCUUAUCGAUCCUUUUCCAUGGGUUUCAAUGGCAUAACAAUCGAUAUAUCGCAAUUCACGCCACAGCCACGCCACUGAAUCUCUUUGUGGGAUCGCUCCCAACUUCGACCCGCAAGUUUGUGGGAUGCUCUGUCAAUAACGGCAGUAUUACCUAAGUGUUAAAUUUAUUAUUUGUUAUUCCAAUAAUAGGUACUAAUAAUUCAAGUUUAUAAGUUUAUGUUAUAUCUAAACGGGAGACUACAUUAAACCACAACUCAUUUUAAUAAAUCAAUUCUGUGUCUCCAAUCGUUUUUAGUUUCUACGUUUUGAAAAUCGGACAACUCCAAUGUAAAUUUUAUUUAAUGUUAAUUAAAAAUGUGUUUCUUUUCCAA